CUGAGCAAAAAAACAACUAUUGAUCCGCAAUAUGUGUUUUCGCCAGAAAAUGCUCCUUGGCGAUACGAAUAUGAGGUGCUUCGACAACAUUGGCCCUUAGAUGAACAAAAUUUCUGGCCAGGAAAGAGUUAUGAUUAUAAUGGAUAUGUUGAUAUAAUUGCUGCUGGCAUAGCAGAUAAAUUCAAGGGGCGACCGAACAUGCUACUCGAAAAUUAUUUAAAUGAACUUAGCCGCAUUAAUCAGUACAUUAUAUAUAAUUUAACUGUGCCUUUCGACCACAGUGGAAAGCAUUAUGAAGUUGGCUUCACAGAUAUUUGUUUGUCAUAUGAAUGGAAAUGUUAUCAUAAUGAUCAUAUCACAAUGCUUAUGCCAAAACAUAGGUGGGGUAAUUUCAGCGGAAGACUUGCUGAAUUCACCGACGAUAUCAUAAAAAAUGAGGUAAAAAUAACGUAUCCAAUUGGUUGGCGUGGAACUGAACCGAUUUACUUUGGCGCACUUAUAGGUGCUCCUAAUCUUAUUGAUGAAGAAGGUCAUUUUAAUUAUGUACGAGCUAUACGGCUGACAUAUAAUGUUCGCAAUGGCAAAGUAGGUGAUAUUAGCUACCGAUGGCGAAAAAAAGUUACUAGUUAUUUAGCCAAUAAAGAAAAUCCACCAUCAAGAAUCCUUGAAUUUGGACUUUAUCACAAUGAAAGUCUUCCCGAGGGGCUUCAACAAGUUGCAGAUGAACUAAUACCAACGUUCAUAUGCACAUUUGCAAUAUUAUUUGCUUUAUGUGCAUUGAAUGCAAUCGUUUUUCUCGAUCAUAGCAACUACUUGGCAGUCGAUUGGGUUCGAAGCAAACCUGUUACUACGAUAAAAUUCAUACUUCCCAUAAUGACGCUUCUCACUGAUUUUUUCCUGUAUCUUACUGGAUAUAUUAUUCAAGGUAUCGGAAUAGAUGAUAUGUUUAUUAUGACAGCAGUGUGGCACCGCACGAAUCCGAAUUUAAGCGCCUCAAAACGUCUCGCGGUAACAUUAUCUGAAGCCGCUACAGCAGUAUCUAUCACAUCAAUUACUGACUUGCUAUCAUUUGGUAUUGGCUGUUUCACUUCACUUCCUAGCGUGCAACUUUUUUGUUUAUAUACAACGUCAGGCAUUUUUUUCACCUACAUAUAUCAGCUAACAUUUUUCACUGCUAUUAUGGCAUUCUCUGGUGAUUGGGAAGCCAAAGGAUUGCAUGUGAUUACUUUUAAACCUGCAUUUGAUCCUAAUAAAGCAAGUUACAGAAAGCGAAGAAACAUUCUAUAUAGCCCUAAACAAAAGAAUUGUAUCAAAUUGUUUUUAAUCAUAAUUCAAACAAACUUUUCCAAGGAUUCAUCGUGGCAUGAUGAUCGCGAUACGUUAAUUUCGAAAAUUUUUCGGCAAUUCUAUGGUCCUUUUUUGCUCGAUAAUUUGACAAAAAAAAUUGUUAUUUUUAUUUAUAUGAUUUAUACAUCGCUGUCGAUUCUUGGUUGCAUAAACGUUAAAGAAGGACUUAAUCCGAAAUUUCUCGUUAAAGAAACGUUCUACUUGAAUAAAUUUUAUGUGCUUAUGGAUGAGACUUUUUGGAAUGAAGGUCUUCAGAUGCAACUCGUUGUUAAUUCACCGCCAGAUUUUUUUAAUCUUUCACAAAAAGCAAACUUCAAGUCAAUGAUAAGUGAAUUCGAGAAUACUCACUAUACGAUGAAACAUAAUGCAACUAUGUUUUGGCUUGAUGCGUUUGAACUCGAAUUAAAAAAACAACGCGAAGAAUUUAAAAUUCCAUCCCCAACAACCGAAGAAUGGUAUGAAAAAUGUCAAGAAUGGCUGAUUGUAGCAGGUGGUAGAAGACUUUGGGAGAAAGAUAUGCGAUGGUGUACAAACCAAUUGAAACCAUUCAAUCAUUUGUGCGCUUUUCGUCUUCAAUUAGGACUGCGUAAUUAUCGAACUCCAACUGAUCAUAUGCGCAGUGCACAAAUGAUGCGAAAAAUUGCAGCAAAAUAUCCACAGUUCAAUAUUUCCACAUUUCAUGAAUAUUAUCCAUUUGCAGAUCAAUAUAUUGAACUCAAACCUGCACUGAUCAGGAACUGCAUUUUGGCUUUGUUAUCGAUGUUUAUUGUUUCCUUUAUUAUGAUACCGAAUUGCUGGGCCGCUUUUAUAAUAGCCGGAGCAAUAUUAAACAUUGAUAUCGGCGUUAUCGGUUUUAUGACAUUUUGGGAAAUUCGACUGGAAAGUGUUUCAAUGAUUACUAUUAUAAUGAGUAUUGGAUUCGCUGUGGAUCUAUCAGCUCAUAUUGGCUAUGCAUACGUGAAGGCUGAUGGCGAUAAGAACCAAAAGGCUAUCCAAGCUUUAGAAAACAUCGGAUGGCCAGGUGCUUUUUCGACAAUGAUAGGAAUAUCAUUAUUGGCCUCUAUUGACGCAUAUAUCGUGCAAAUUUUUUUUAAAACAAUUUUUCUCGUUAUUACUUUCAGCCUUAUCCAUGGUUUAGUCUUUCUGCCAGUUUUCCUAACUAUUUUUCUUCCCCAUACAUAUAUUCAUAAAAAGUUUGAUACCAUAAGGGAUAUAGAAUUUCACAUUAAAUCAGAAAAUUUCAAUUAG